AGGUGAAACUGACUCCGGGAAGAAGUUUCAUCCUGGGCGCCGCCCCGGGGAAUAGCGCGCGUGUGCGGUGGUUUCUGUUCCCGAAUGCCUCGGGCGUGCGGAGCCGCGGCGGGGCUGGGGAGGAGAUAAGCUUGGCGAGGUGGAGCAUGGCUGGAUGGAGGAGGAAGCAGCGGCAGCAGCAGCAGCGAGAGCCGUGCGCGCUGGGCCCGCGGAGGUGAUCCGUGCGCCCGGGAUUUCGAGGUCAUCAUGGCCAAAGAGCUGAGCCAAGCCGAGGUACUGGACUUCCUCUGCCAGGCCGGGGGGAGCGUGGCCAACGCCGCCUUGCUGAGCCACUUCAGGCUCUUCUUGCGGGACCCCGACGCGUCUCCGGCUCAGCUGCAGCGCCGCCGAGAGCUCUUCAAGGGCUUCGUCAACUCCGUGGCCACCGUGAGGCAGGACGAGCCGCCGGGUGCCGCCAAGUACGUGGUGCUCAGGAAGCGCUACCGAGAGCUGGUGGGAGAGGAGCCCAAGGCACCUGCCGACGAUGCCUCCCACAGCCAAGCCGCCAAGCCACCGCCUCUGGAAGUGGAAGUCGGCCGGGGGGCGCUGCAGGGCCAGGCCGGGGCGCAGCGCGCGCCCAGGGCGCACGGCGAGGAGCCUCCUUGGCGCCAGGUGGAAGAGGAGCGCGCCGGCCCAGGCUCGGCCCACCAGCUUAGGACUUGCCCGGAACCUCGCAGGUGCCACCCGGGGGGGCUGGGCGGGCGAUCGGGGGCGCUGUUUCCGCCAAACCCCGCGCUAGGCGGCCGGAGAAGCCCCUCGGAGCCGUGCGCCCUGCUUGGAACGGAGCAGCACAGCCAAAGGGAACCCCGGCAGGCUCCUCGCGGGGACCCUCCGCUCCUACUAGGCGGGGCGCCGCAGUCAAAUGGCCCCUAUUUACCCGUCGGGAAAAUGGGCGCGCCUCCAAGUGCCGCCAGUCCCCAGCAAAGGAUCCGCGAGUGGGUGGAGAGGGCGCAUGCUGUUACGCACCAGUCCGCACUGCCCGACCCCCUUCUACAGCGUGAAGAAGGGUUCUCCUGGCCAACCCGGACGUCGCCCUCCAGCUCGGCGCGGAGCGCCUGCCUUUCUCAGGAUUCCUUGCCCGGGUUGGGUACCCGGCGGGAGCCCGCGCCCGUCUUCCGGAGCAUCCGGUGCCAGCUCUCCCUGCAGGACCUGGAGGACUUUAUCGAGAAGGCGAGCUCGGCGAGCGAAGACGGCAGCAGCGCCAGCGGAGGCAGCGACUCCUAUCGGCCUGAAGGGCUCUCCGGCGCCCUUCACCAGCCCUUCCCUGCGAGGCAGAACGGCCACGGCGGUAAUUCAACAGGGACAGCCCGGGCCAGGCCAGAUAGCCUCUGCUACAGACCCCACGGAAAUGGCUUGGCCAAAGAUGGUGCCAUCCCAGAUCACCUGGUCUUGCUCAACCGGGUGGUGAGCAGAGCUGCCUCCUGGGACAAGCUGUGGGACGCAGACUCUCAGAAACCCUGCAAAGAGCCACCCAACCCCUGGAAAGUGACCAGGCUGUCUCCCUCUCCCCUGGAGACCCCCCUGAGCCCACGACUGGUCCAGAGGCAAGGAUGCUCAGCCACUUCUAAUGACCUGCAAGGGCUGGGCCCAGAUACAGAUGCUCCGAGCGAAGGCAGGUCCUCCUUGGUGCCCUUGGAACCCCGAGAGCACGCCUGGCUGGUGAAAGUAGCCACCGGUUCGUGGAUGCAGGCCAGGGCGCUCUUCCUGGAAGACCCCCACCUGGCCACCCGCAAAGAUUUCAUCAUGGGCUACACUGUGCUCCACUGGCUGGCCAAGCAUGGGAACGUGCAAGUGAUGCAGGACUUUGUCGCCGGCGCCAGGAAAGCCGGCGUGGACCUUGACGUGGACGCCAAGUCCGGCUGCGGAUACACCCCUUUGCACCUGGCCGCCAUGCACGGGCACCAGCUGGUCGUCAAGCUGCUGGUGCAGAAGCUGCGGUGCAGCACGCAGGUGCGCGACAGCAGCGGCAAGAGGCCCUGGCAGUACCUGAGCAGCGCCACCUCGGGGGAGGUGUGGCAGCUCCUGGAGGCUCCUCAGGGCAAGACCAUCUUCCCUGCCCACCCCAUAGCCAGGAGCUCUGCCUCGCUUGGCGCAAAAAAGGGCAAGAGCCCAGAGGUGGGCAGGAAAGUCAGCAGGAAGGCUUCCUUGGCGGCGUACUUAAAACCUCAGCACAUCAAGUGGAAAAUGGGGAGCAGGUUCCACCUGCUGCAGGAGAGGGAGGAGGAGUACAACGACUGAGGACCGCAGGGGAUGCUCUCCGCUAAACCACU